AUGGCCCCAGCAGAAGUUAAAAGGGAAUGUGAUGAUUAUGGCAUUCCAAAUGAAGCUGAUGACAUUCGUUUGAUAAAUGAAAGUCGGGCGGAACCUUAUCAUGGUUGCGAAGUUGGUCCGAGCAAUGAAGAAGCAACCAACGUGAACGUUGAAGAUGGCGAAGCCGAUGUGAAAAAAGAAAUGAUUGACGAUGCUCAUCGCAAUGACAUGGUUGGUGAUGUUGAACGUGCUAUUCUGGAACAGAAAUUUGAUUCGGUCGAAUAUGGAGAAGCUUUCUACAAUGCAUAUGCUAAAGCCAAGGGAUUUAGUAUACGAAAAUCCAGAUUUAAUACAAAUAAAGAGGGAAAGGUCGUUAGUAGGCUGUGGUUGUGUUCAAGGGAAAAUGCUGGUGAAGGGGGAAAGUAUGUUGUGACUCACUUCGUCACAGACCACAACCAUGAAUUGGCGGAACAACACUGUGUGAUGUAUCUGAGGUCUUAUGAGAAUGUUGGUUUCGUCCGUACGGAUUUGCACAACCAUAUUCAAGCCGAGCGUAGAGCUGAAGUUGAGGAUGAUGAUGCGGAGGGUGCGUUGGUUUACCUAUGUGCAAAACUUGAUGUUGAUGCACAUUUUUUUUACAAGUAUGAUGUGUGUAACGAUAACAAGCUACAAAAUCUGUUCUGGGCAGAUUCGAAAUCGCGGGCCGAUUACACAAAGUUUGGUGAUAUGUUGAUAUUUGACUCAACUUACAGAACCAAUGCAUACAAGAAACCUUUUGUCAUGUUGGCAAGUGUGACUAGCCACUUUAGGACCACGAUAUUUGCAUGUGUUUUGCUAGCUAAUGAGACAAGUGAGACAUACACAUGGGUUUUGGAAACAUUUAUGGAGGCGAUGGGCAAUAAAGCAUCUGUGUCCGUACUGACAGAUGGGGAUAAGGCGGUGCGAAAGGCAAUCAGAAGAGUAUUUCCAGACGCAAGACAUCGAUUAUGUAAUUGGCAUCUUGGGAAAAAUGUUGUUUCAAAUGUUCACAUAAGUGGCUUUGCACAUGCUUUCAAGCAGUGCAUGGACAUGGAAACGGAUGAGACAAAGUUUGAGCAUGGCUGGAAGACAAUGGUUGAAAAUUUUGGACUUCAAACCAACAGUUGGGUGUUGAAGACAUAUGAGAAGCGUCAUAUGUGGGCUGAGGCAUAUAUGCGUGGACAUUUCUUUGCUGGAAUGAAGAGCACUCAACGCUUGGAGUGUAUGAAUGCUUAUUUCAAUCCCUUCCUCCAACACAAAUUGAAGCUACAUGAAUUUGUUAGGCACUAUAAUCGGGCUCUUGCAAGGAUAAGGUUAGUGGAUCCAAGUACACCGCACAUUAAGCAACGGCGACUAUUUUUCGAUGCUUCUCCUGAUUCCAAGCAGCCCAUUGGCCAAUACGUUAGUGUUGAAGCAGCAGUGUGCAAAAAUGAUUCGACCACAAUUGAUGAGGUGAAUCAGGUAGAAUGGAAAUAA